AUUUUUCAUCAUCAUUAAAAGUAGUAUUGUAAUUAAAGUGAACCAAAUUCGUUAAAUCGUUAUUUUCUAUUAUUUUAAUUUUACUUAUUAUCAUGAAAAGAUUAUUAAUUAUAUUUGUUUUAAUUUAUCUUAACGUUCCUGGUCGAUAUUGUAUGCUACCAAAUAAUAUACUUGAAAUCGAUAAUUUUGGUGUACCGUCACCAUAUGAGUUUUUAUGGAUAACAACUGUGUCCUAUUGUAAUGUAUACUAUUUGACGUAUAAUAUGUUUAUUGGCGUUGGAGUACCAAUACAAGAACAAAUAUAUUCUAAUGAUGAUAUAGCGCGUUUUCUUUUACCUGAAAAUAUAUAUGAGUGGUCAGACGAAACAGUUUUAGACUCACCAUACAAAUUUUUAAAAUUGAGGGAAGCUUCACAAAUUAUUGAAAGUUUUGUUUUUGAAAUUAAGGAAUUUCAAAAUGUUACAGGAACUGAAGAUAUAAUCACAGGAUUAAAUAUAUGGGAGUCAAUUGAAGAGAACAUGGUCGAUUUCAUGAACAAUAUUUCCAUUUUAUCAAAUCAAGUAAACCAAGUGAUAAAUGAAAUGAAUAUUCUUCAAAAAAACGUAAACACCGUGGAUACAUCAGCAAUGAUGUACUUAUACAUGGAUAUUUUUGAUAAUAUGGUUGAUGUAAUAUCAGAAAAUAUCUUGCCAUAUAAAAAUGCAUUUAAUUUCCUUGAAAAAUAUAAUUCGAAAACCUACCAACAAACAAAUAUUAAACAAGAGAAGAAAAUCGAAAAUAAUCUUAAUUCACGUGAAUAUACUCGAGUGAAGUUGGCUAAAGUAUAUGAGUUGUACAUAGAAGCAUUAACAAUAUUUUACAACUCUAAAUCAGUUGACAAGCAUUUUUCAAAAUUAAAUUUCAUAAUGUGGUAUGAACUAAAUUCAUCAAAGAGUAUUUUUGAUUAUGCUGCAUCAAAACUUCUAACACACAUUAUAAAACUAAGAGAGUAUACAGAAGAAGCGUACAAAUUUAAUAAGAAAAAUAUACCAGAGAUAACAUCAAAAGUCCAAGAGUAUGUUUCUAUCAACUUAUAUAAUAUUGUUGGAGUAAUCAAGUCACCUCUACGAAAAAUUCUAAAAGAUGAAGAUUUAAUUAAAAAUGACGUACUAUCAUGUCCUAAAUCUUAUGAUAAAAUGAUGAUAAAUGGAUUAUUAAGUUCUAAAAACGAAGAUUUGCAUAAGAAAAGAAUUAAUAAUAUUAAAUUAAGUUGGAAUGAUAACAGUAUACAAAUAGUUGCUUGGGACAUAAUAAAUAAAUAUAAUAGUUCAUUAUGUGAUACCAAUGUAACCCAUAACACAAAACUGAUGUAUUGGGUAGAACAAAUGUCAAUUGAUGAACAAAAAAUAAACGUAUUGGAGUCAUCAAUUUAUGCAAUGAUUAUACUAAAAAAUUUAGAAAAUGUUGUUUUGUGUUCAAAUACAGAGACAAAUUUAGAAACAGACAUAGAAGAACUUAUUCAAAAUAUUAUAAAUGACAUGGACCAAAAAUUAAAUGAAAUAUAUAAAUACAGCAUAUACUCAAUUAUAGAGAGUAAAGAAAAUAUCAUAUCUGACGUAUGGAAUUAUAUAGAAAAUGAAAAUAAUAAUAUUUUUAACAUUUUAGAUUGGUUAAACAAAAAUAUAUCUAAAACAAACAUUCCAUAUUGGCCAAAUGAUGUGGCGUGCAAUGAGAUUUAUAUAAAAAAUAUAUUACAACUGGCUUCGGUAUCUUCAGAUAUGUUAUAUGAUGUAACACUAACCAGUAUGCAUAGAGCAUUAGAAAAUAAUGAAAUUGAUAACCCCGUAGAAGAGUCAAACGCUUUGUUUAUAUUAAAAGAUCUUGAACGUACUAAACACACAUAUAAAAAUGUUAUACAACAAAUAAAAAAUAUUAUUAAGAUCAAUACAAUGUAUAUAAAAUCAAAUAAUUUAAUUGAUAUAAAUUUAAAGUAUAAAGCAAUAAAAGAGCUAGCGAAAUGCAUUAAGUAUAAAAUAUUCGCGAUAACUGAAUUAAUAAUACCAGCUUUUAGACAAACAGAAUACUAUAAUCUGGUAGUACCCAAAGAUACACAAGACUACUCAGAACAUAUUAAAAACAUGAAUACCAUAUUUUAUUCUUAUUUUAGAAAGACAACAGACUUAGAAAUAAAUAAUGUAACGGCCCUAAAUUUGAUAAAAAAAAAUGAGCAUGAAAUAAUAUCGAUCUAUAACAGACUAAGAUAUAAACACCAAAGAGUUAAAAAGAAACAUAGAUACAUAAGGGUAUUAAAAUACAAUAUGAUAAGUGUCAAACGAAUGUACCGUACGAUAAUAAACCAAUUAAAAAAAAUAACUAAAGUCAACAAUGACCUAAAUUUGAAAAAUAACCAACAAGAAAUAAGACGGAGACUUAUGAUCACCGUGGCACUUAUUAUGGAAGAUUUCAUAAGGUUUGAUAUAUACAUUGAUUGUCAACAUAAGACAACACCAUUAUAUAAUGGAAGAUACAGGUAUACAAUAUCAGGUAUUGAUCUUGAGAUUCAAAAUGAAAACAUUGAUUAUAUGACCAUAUACAAAAAAAUACGAGAUAAAAGUUCGAAAAUCCCAGAUGCCCAAACAGAUAAAACUUUAAGCAAUAUUUCAACUAAAUCAAUACAGUCGACUACUGUAUCUACUGAUCAAGACGCCGAUUCCUUUGACACUCCGAACAUGGUCUCUGGAAACAAGUUGGAUGUAGAUAAAACAGUCUUCGGCGGAAUAGACAUUAAAUCAAAAACAACUGGUACUUCUGAUGAAAGCACAUCAACAGAUCUUCAAACUGAAAACACUGUACAAAGCAGUACUUAUAAAUCAACGUCAACAAAAAUAUCAAUGGAUCACAGUUCCGAUGAUAAUCAUAUUCCUGACAUAUUAUCUGAAACAAAUGUUGAUAGCAGCAAAACUGUAACAAACGGAAUGGACAAUUCAAAAACACCAAUAGACUAUUUAGACGUUAGCAUUUUCCCAGAUGCCCAAACAGAUAAAACGUUAAGCGGUAUUUCAACUAAAUCAAUACAGUCGACUACUGUAUCUACUGAUCAAGACGCCGAUUCCUUUGACACUCCGAACAUGGUCUCUGGAAACAAGUUGGAUGUAGAUAAAACAGUCUUCGGCGGAAUAGACAUUAAAUCAAAAACAACUGGUACUUCUGAUGAAAGCACAUCAACAGAUCUUCAAACUGAAAACACUGUACAAAGCAGUACUUAUAAAUCAACGUCAACAAAAAUAUCAAUGGAUCACAGUUCCGAUGAUAAUCAUAUUCCUGACAUAUUAUCUGAAACAAAUGUUGAUAGCAGCAAAACUGUAACAAACGGAAUGGACAAUUCAAAAACAUCAAUAGACUAUUUAGACGUUAGCAUUUUCCCAGAUGCCCAAACAGAUAAAACGUUAAGCGGUAUUUCAACUAAAUCAAUACAGUCGACUACUGUAUCUACUGAUCAAGACGCCGAUUCCUUUGACACUCCGAACAUGGUCUCUGGAAACAAGUUAGAUGUAGAUAAAACAGUCUUCGGCGGAAUAGACAUUAAAUCAAAAACAACUGGUACUUCUGAUGAAAGCACAUCAACAGAUCUUCAAACUGAAAACACUGUACAAAGCAGUACUUAUAAAUCAACGUCAACAAAAAUAUCAAUGGAUCACAGUUCCGAUGAUAAUCAUAUUCCUGACAUAUUAUCUGAAACAAAUGUUGAUAGCAGCAAAACUGUAACAAACGGAAUGGACAAUUCAAAAACAUCAAUAGACUAUUUAGACGUUAGCAUUUUCCCAGAUGCCCAAACAGAUAAAACUUUAAGCGGUAUUUCAACUAAAUCAAUACAGUCGACUACUGUAUCUACUGAUCAAGACGCCGAUUCCUUUGACACUCCGAACAUGGUCUCUGGAAACAAGUUGGAUGUAGAUAAAACAGUCUUCGGCGGAAUAGACAUUAAAUCAAAAACAACUGGUACUUCUGAUGAAAGCACAUCAACAGAUCUCCAAACCGAAAACACUGUACAAAGCAGUACUUAUAAAUCAACGUCAACAAAAAUAUCAAUGGAUCACAGUUCCGAUGAUAAUCAUAUUCCUGACAUAUUAUCUGAAACAAAUGUUGAUAGCAGCAAAACUGUAACAAACGGAAUGGACAAUUCAAAAACAUCAAUAGACUAUUUAGACGUUAGCAUUUUCCCAGAUGCCCAAACAGAUAAAACUUUAAGCAAUAUUUCAACUAAAUCAAUACAGUCGACUACUGUAUCUACUGAUCAAGACGCCGAUUCCUUUGACACUCCGAACAUGGUCUCUGGAAACAAGUUGGAUGUAGAUAAAACAGUCUUCGGCGGAAUAGACAUUAAAUCAAAAACAACUGGUACUUCUGAUGAAAGCACAUCAACAGAUCUUCAAACUGAAAACACUGUACAAAGCAGUACUUAUAAAUCAACGUCAACAAAAAUAUCAAUGGAUCACAGUUCCGAUGAUAAUCAUAUUCCUGACAUAUUAUCUGAAACAAAUGUUGAUAGCAGCAAAACUGUAACAAACGGAAUGGACAAUUCAAAAACACCAAUAGACUAUUUAGACGUUAGCAUUUUCCCAGAUGCCCAAACAGAUAAAACGUUAAGCGGUAUUUCAACUAAAUCAAUACAGUCGACUACUGUAUCUACUGAUCAAGACGCCGAUUCCUUUGACACUCCGAACAUGGUCUCUGGAAACAAGUUGGAUGUAGAUAAAACAGUCUUCGGCGGAAUAGACAUUAAAUCAAAAACAACUGGUACUUCUGAUGAAAGCACAUCAACAGAUCUUCAAACUGAAAACACUGUACAAAGCAGUACUUAUAAAUCAACGUCAACAAAAAUAUCAAUGGAUCACAGUUCCGAUGAUAAUCAUAUUCCUGACAUAUUAUCUGAAACAAAUGUUGAUAGCAGCAAAACUGUAACAAACGGAAUGGACAAUUCAAAAACACCAAUAGACUAUUUAGACGUUAGCAUUUUCCCAGAUGCCCAAACAGAUAAAACGUUAAGCGGUAUUUCAACUAAAUCAAUACAGUCGACUACUGUAUCUACUGAUCAAGACGCCGAUUCCUUUGACACUCCCAACAUGGUCUCUGGAAACAAGUUGGAUGUAGAUAAAACAGUCUUCGGCGGAAUAGACAUUAAAUCAAAAACAACUGGUACUUCUGAUGAAAGCACAUCAACAGAUCUCCAAACCGAAAACACUGUACAAAGCAGUACUUAUAAAUCAACGUCAACAAAAAUAUCAAUGGAUCACAGUUCCGAUGAUAAUCAUAUUCCUGACAUAUUAUCUGAAACAAAUGUUGAUAGCAGCAAAACUGUAACAAACGGAAUGGACAAUUCAAAAACAUCAAUAGACUAUUUAGACGUUAGCAUUUUCCCAGAUGCCCAAACAGAUAAAACGUUAAGCGGUAUUUCAACUAAAUCAAUACAGUCGACUACUGUAUCUACUGAUCAAGACGCCGAUUCCUUUGACACUCCGAACAUGGUCUCUGGAAACAAGUUGGAUGUAGAUAAAACAGUCUUCGGCGGAAUAGACAUUAAAUCAAAAACAACUGGUACUUCUGAUGAAAGCACAUCAACAGAUCUUCAAACUGAAAACACUGUACAAAGCAGUACUUAUAAAUCAACGUCAACAAAAAUAUCAAUGGAUCACAGUUCCGAUGAUAAUCAUAUUCCUGACAUAUUAUCUGAAACAAAUGUUGAUAGCAGCAAAACUGUAACAAACGGAAUGGACAAUUCAAAAACACCAAUAGACUAUUUAGACGUUAGCAUUUUCCCAGAUGCCCAAACAGAUAAAACGUUAAGCGGUAUUUCAACUAAAUCAAUACAGUCGACUACUGUAUCUACUGAUCAAGACGCCGAUUCCUUUGACACUCCGAACAUGGUCUCUGGAAACAAGUUGGAUGUAGAUAAAACAGUCUUCGGCGGAAUAGACAUUAAAUCAAAAACAACUGGUACUUCUGAUGAAAGCACAUCAACAGAUCUUCAAACUGAAAACACUGUACAAAGCAGUACUUAUAAAUCAACGUCAACAAAAAUAUCAAUGGAUCACAGUUCCGAUGAUAAUCAUAUUCCUGACAUAUUAUCUGAAACAAAUGUUGAUAGCAGCAAAACUGUAACAAACGGAAUGGACAAUUCAAAAACACCAAUAGACUAUUUAGACGUUAGCAUUUUCCCAGAUGCCCAAACAGAUAAAACGUUAAGCGGUAUUUCAACUAAAUCAAUACAGUCGACUACUGUAUCUACUGAUCAAGACGCCGAUUCCUUUGACACUCCGAACAUGGUCUCUGGAAACAAGUUGGAUGUAGAUAAAACAGUCUUCGGCGGAAUAGACAUUAAAUCAAAAACAACUGGUACUUCUGAUGAAAGCACAUCAACAGAUCUUCAAACUGAAAACACUGUACAAAGCAGUACUUAUAAAUCAACGUCAACAAAAAUAUCAAUGGAUCACAGUUCCGAUGAUAAUCAUAUUCCUGACAUAUUAUCUGAAACAAAUGUUGAUAGCAGCAAAACUGUAACAAACGGAAUGGACAAUUCAAAAACACCAAUAGACUAUUUAGACGUUAGCAUUUUCCCAGAUGCCCAAACAGAUAAAACGUUAAGCGGUAUUUCAACUAAAUCAAUACAGUCGACUACUGUAUCUACUGAUCAAGACGCCGAUUCCUUUGACACUCCCAACAUGGUCUCUGGAAACAAGUUGGAUGUAGAUAAAACAGUCUUCGGCGGAAUAGACAUUAAAUCAAAAACAACUGGUACUUCUGAUGAAAGCACAUCAACAGAUCUCCAAACCGAAAACACUGUACAAAGCAGUACUUAUAAAUCAACGUCAACAAAAAUAUCAAUGGAUCACAGUUCCGAUGAUAAUCAUAUUCCUGACAUAUUAUCUGAAACAAAUGUUGAUAGCAGCAAAACUGUAACAAACGGAAUGGACAAUUCAAAAACACCAAUAGACUAUUUAGACGUUAGCAUUUUCCCAGAUGCCCAAACAGAUAAAACGUUAAGCGGUAUUUCAACUAAAUCAAUACAGUCGACUACUGUAUCUACUGAUCAAGACGCCGAUUCCUUUGACACUCCGAACAUGGUCUCUGGAAACAAGUUGGAUGUAGAUAAAACAGUCUUCGGCGGAAUAGACAUUAAAUCAAAAACAACUGGUACUUCUGAUGAAAGCACAUCAACAGAUCUUCAAACUGAAAACACUGUACAAAGCAGUACUUAUAAAUCAAGGUCAACAAAAAUAUCAAUGGAUCACAGUUCCGAUGAUAAUCAUAUUCCUGACAUACUAUCUGAAACAAAUGUUGAUAGCAGCAAAACUGUAACAAACGGAAUGGACAAUUCAAAAACAACAAUAGACUAUUUAGACGUUAGCAUUUUCCCAGAGGCCCAAACAGAUAAAACUUUAAGCGGUAUUUCAACUAAAUCAAUACAGUCGACUACUGUAUCUACUGAUCAAGACGCCGAUUCCUUUGACACUCCGAACAUGGUCUCUGGAAACAAGUUGGAUGUAGAUAAAACAGUCUUCGGCGGAAUAGACAUUAAAUCAAAAACAACUGGUACUUCUGAUGAAAGCACAUCAACAGAUCUUCAAACUGAAAACACUGUACAAAGCAGUACUUAUAAAUCAACGUCAACAAAAAUAUCAAUGGAUCACAGUUCCGAUGAUAAUCAUAUUCCUGACAUAUUAUCUGAAACAAAUGUUAAUAGCAGCAAAACUGUAACAAACGGAAUGGACAAUUCAAAAACACCAAUAGACUAUUUAGACGUUAGCAUUUUCCCAGAUGCCCAAACAGAUAAAACGUUAAGCGGUAUUUCAACUAAAUCAAUACAGUCGACUACUGUAUCUACUGAUCAAGACGCCGAUUCCUUUGACACUCCGAACAUGGUCUCUGGAAACAAGUUGGAUGUAGAUAAAACAGUCUUCGGCGGAAUAGACAUUAAAUCAAAAACGACUGGUACUUCUGAUGAAAGCACAUCAACAGAUCUUCAAACUGAAAACACUGUACAAAGCAGUACUUAUAAAUCAACGUCAACAAAAAUAUCAAUGGAUCACAGUUCCGAUGAUAAUCAUAUUCCUGACAUAUUAUCUGAAACAAAUGUUGAUAGCAGCAAAACUGUAACAAACGGAAUGGACAAUUCAAAAACACCAAUAGACUAUUUAGACGUUAGUAUUUUCCCAGAUGCCCAAACAGAUAAAACGUUAAGCGGUAUUUCAACUAAAUCAAUACAGUCGACUACUGUAUCUACUGAUCAAGACGCCGAUUCCUUUGACACUCCGAACAUGGUCUCUGGAAACAAGUUGGAUGUAGAUAAAACAGUCUUCGGCGGAAUAGACAUUAAAUCAAAAACAACUGGUACUUCUGAUGAAAGCACAUCAACAGAUCUUCAAACUGAAAACACUGUACAAAGCAGUACUUAUAAAUCAACGUCAACAAAAAUAUCAAUGGAUCACAGUUCCGAUGAUAAUCAUAUUCCUGACAUACUAUCUGAAACAAAUGUUGAUAGCAGCAAAACUGUAACAAACGGAAUGGACAAUUCAAAAACACCAAUAGACUAUUUAGACGUUAGCAUUUUCCCAGAUGCCCAUACAGAUAAAACGUUAAGCGGUAUUUCAACUAAAUCAAUACAGUCGACUACUGUAUCUACUGAUCAAGACGCCGAUUCCUUUGACACUCCGAACAUGGUCUCUGGAAACAAGUUGGAUGUAGAUAAAACAGUCUUCGGCGGAAUAGACAUUAAAUCAAAAACAACUGGUACUUCUGAUGAAAGCACAUCAACAGAUCUUCAAACUGAAAACACUGUACAAAGCAGUACUUAUAAAUCAACGUCAACAAAAAUAUCAAUGGAUCACAGUUCCGAUGAUAAUCAUAUUCCUGACAUAUUAUCUGAAACAAAUGUUGAUAGCAGCAAAACUGUAACAAACGGAAUGGACAAUUCAAAAACACCAAUAGACUAUUUAGACGUUAGUAUUUUCCCAGAUGCCCAAACAGAUAAAACGUUAAGCGGUAUUUCAACUAAAUCAAUACAGUCGACUACUGUAUCUACUGAUCAAGACGCCGAUUCCUUUGACACUCCGAACAUGGUCUCUGGAAACAAGUUGGAUGUAGAUAAAACAGUCUUCGGCGGAAUAGACAUUAAAUCAAAAACAACUGGUACUUCUGAUGAAAGCACAUCAACAGAUCUUCAAACUGAAAACACUGUACAAAGCAGUACUUAUAAAUCAACGUCAACAAAAAUAUCAAUGGAUCACAGUUCCGAUGAUAAUCAUAUUCCUGACAUAUUAUCUGAAACAAAUGUUGAUAGCAGCAAAACUGUAACAAACGGAAUGGACAAUUCAAAAACAUCAAUAGACUAUUUAGACGUUAGCAUUUUCCCAGAUGCCCAAACAGAUAAAACUUUAAGCGGUAUUUCAACUAAAUCAAUACAGUCGACUACUGUAUCUACUGAUCAAGACGCCGAUUCCUUUGACACUCCGAACAUGGUCUCUGGAAACAAGUUGGAUGUAGAUAAAACAGUCUUCGGCGGAAUAGACAUUAAAUCAAAAACAACUGGUACUUCUGAUGAAAGCACAUCAACAGAUCUUCAAACUGAAAACACUGUACAAAGCAGUACUUAUAAAUCAACGUCAACAAAAAUAUCAAUGGAUCACAGUUCCGAUGAUAAUCAUAUUCCUGACAUAUUAUCUGAAACAAAUGUUGAUAGCAGCAAAACUGUAACAAACGGAAUGGACAAUUCAAAAACACCAAUAGACUAUUUAGACGUUAGCAUUUUCCCAGAUGCCCAAACAGAUAAAACGUUAAGCGGUAUUUCAACUAAAUCAAUACAGUCGACUACUGUAUCUACUGAUCAAGACGCCGAUUCCUUUGACACUCCGAACAUGGUCUCUGGAAACAAGUUGGAUGUAGAUAAAACAGUCUUCGGCGGAAUAGACAUUAAAUCAAAAACAACUGGUACUUCUGAUGAAAGCACAUCAACAGAUCUUCAAACUGAAAACACUGUACAAAGCAGUACUUAUAAAUCAACGUCAACAAAAAUAUCAAUGGAUCACAGUUCCGAUGAUAAUCAUAUUCCUGACAUAUUAUCUGAAACAAAUGUUGAUAGCAGCAAAACUGUAACAAACGGAAUGGACAAUUCAAAAACAUCAAUAGACUAUUUAGACGUUAGCAUUUUCCCAGAUGCCCAAACAGAUAAAACUUUAAGCGGUAUUUCAACUAAAUCAAUACAGUCGACUACUGUAUCUACUGAUCAAGACGCCGAUUCCUUUGACACUCCGAACAUGGUCUCUGGAAACAAGUUGGAUGUAGAUAAAACAGUCUUCGGCGGAAUAGACAUUAAAUCAAAAACAACUGGUACUUCUGAUGAAAGCACAUCAACAGAUCUUCAAACUGAAAACACUGUACAAAGCAGUACUUAUAAAUCAACGUCAACAAAAAUAUCAAUGGAUCACAGUUCCGAUGAUAAUCAUAUUCCUGACAUACUAUCUGAAACAAAUGUUGAUAGCAGCAAAACUGUAACAAACGGAAUGGACAAUUCAAAAACACCAAUAGACUAUUUAGACGUUAGCAUUUUCCCAGAUGCCCAAACAGAUAAAACUUUAAGCGGUAUUUCAACUAAAUCAAUACAGUCGACUACUGUAUCUACUGAUCAAGACGCCGAUUCCUUUGACACUCCGAACAUGGUCUCUGGAAACAAGUUGGAUGUAGAUAAAACAGUCUUCGGCGGAAUAGACAUUAAAUCAAAAACAACUGGUACUUCUGAUGAAAGCACAUCAACAGAUCUCCAAACCGAAAACACUGUACAAAGCAGUACUUAUAAAUCAACGUCAACAAAAAUAUCAAUGGAUCACAGUUCCGAUGAUAAUCAUAUUCCUGACAUAUUAUCUGAAACAAAUGUUGAUAGCAGCAAAACUGUAACAAACGGAAUGGACAAUUCAAAAACAUCAAUAGACUAUUUAGACGUUAGCAUUUUCCCAGAUGCCCAAACAGAUAAAACUUUAAGCAAUAUUUCAACUAAAUCAAUACAGUCGACUACUGUAUCUACUGAUCAAGACGCCGAUUCCUUUGACACUCCGAACAUGGUCUCUGGAAACAAGUUGGAUGUAGAUAAAACAGUCUUCGGCGGAAUAGACAUUAAAUCAAAAACAACUGGUACUUCUGAUGAAAGCACAUCAACAGAUCUUCAAACUGAAAACACUGUACAAAGCAGUACUUAUAAAUCAACGUCAACAAAAAUAUCAAUGGAUCACAGUUCCGAUGAUAAUCAUAUUCCUGACAUAUUAUCUGAAACAAAUGUUGAUAGCAGCAAAACUGUAACAAACGGAAUGGACAAUUCAAAAACACCAAUAGACUAUUUAGACGUUAGCAUUUUCCCAGAUGCCCAAACAGAUAAAACGUUAAGCGGUAUUUCAACUAAAUCAAUACAGUCGACUACUGUAUCUACUGAUCAAGACGCCGAUUCCUUUGACACUCCGAACAUGGUCUCUGGAAACAAGUUGGAUGUAGAUAAAACAGUCUUCGGCGGAAUAGACAUUAAAUCAAAAACAACUGGUACUUCUGAUGAAAGCACAUCAACAGAUCUUCAAACUGAAAACACUGUACAAAGCAGUACUUAUAAAUCAACGUCAACAAAAAUAUCAAUGGAUCACAGUUCCGAUGAUAAUCAUAUUCCUGACAUAUUAUCUGAAACAAAUGUUGAUAGCAGCAAAACUGUAACAAACGGAAUGGACAAUUCAAAAACACCAAUAGACUAUUUAGACGUUAGCAUUUUCCCAGAUGCCCAAACAGAUAAAACGUUAAGCGGUAUUUCAACUAAAUCAAUACAGUCGACUACUGUAUCUACUGAUCAAGACGCCGAUUCCUUUGACACUCCCAACAUGGUCUCUGGAAACAAGUUGGAUGUAGAUAAAACAGUCUUCGGCGGAAUAGACAUUAAAUCAAAAACAACUGGUACUUCUGAUGAAAGCACAUCAACAGAUCUCCAAACCGAAAACACUGUACAAAGCAGUACUUAUAAAUCAACGUCAACAAAAAUAUCAAUGGAUCACAGUUCCGAUGAUAAUCAUAUUCCUGACAUAUUAUCUGAAACAAAUGUUGAUAGCAGCAAAACUGUAACAAACGGAAUGGACAAUUCAAAAACAUCAAUAGACUAUUUAGACGUUAGCAUUUUCCCAGAUGCCCAAACAGAUAAAACGUUAAGCGGUAUUUCAACUAAAUCAAUACAGUCGACUACUGUAUCUACUGAUCAAGACGCCGAUUCCUUUGACACUCCGAACAUGGUCUCUGGAAACAAGUUGGAUGUAGAUAAAACAGUCUUCGGCGGAAUAGACAUUAAAUCAAAAACAACUGGUACUUCUGAUGAAAGCACAUCAACAGAUCUUCAAACUGAAAACACUGUACAAAGCAGUACUUAUAAAUCAACGUCAACAAAAAUAUCAAUGGAUCACAGUUCCGAUGAUAAUCAUAUUCCUGACAUAUUAUCUGAAACAAAUGUUGAUAGCAGCAAAACUGUAACAAACGGAAUGGACAAUUCAAAAACACCAAUAGACUAUUUAGACGUUAGUAUUUUCCCAGAUGCCCAAACAGAUAAAACGUUAAGCGGUAUUUCAACUAAAUCAAUACAGUCGACUACUGUAUCUACUGAUCAAGACGCCGAUUCCUUUGACACUCCGAACAUGGUCUCUGGAAACAAGUUGGAUGUAGAUAAAACAGUCUUCGGCGGAAUAGACAUUAAAUCAAAAACAACUGGUACUUCUGAUGAAAGCACAUCAACAGAUCUUCAAACUGAAAACACUGUACAAAGCAGUACUUAUAAAUCAAGGUCAACAAAAAUAUUAAUGGAUCACAGUUCCGAUGAUAAUCAUAUUCCUGACAUACUAUCUGAAACAAAUGUUGAUAGCAGCAAAACUGUAACAAACGGAAUGGACAAUUCAAAAACACCAAUAGACUAUUUAGACGUUAGCAUUUUCCCAGAUGCCCAAACAGAUAAAACGUUAAGCGGUAUUUCAACUAAAUCAAUACAGUCGACUACUGUAUCUACUGAUCAAGACGCCGAUUCCUUUGACACUCCGAACAUGGUCUCUGGAAACAAGUUGGAUGUAGAUAAAACAGUCUUCGGCGGAAUAGACAUUAAAUCAAAAACAACUGGUACUUCUGAUGAAAGCACAUCAACAGAUCUUCAAACUGAAAACACUGUACAAAGCAGUACUUAUAAAUCAACGUCAACAAAAAUAUCAAUGGAUCACAGUUCCGAUGAUAAUCAUAUUCCUGACAUAUUAUCUGAAACAAAUGUUGAUAGCAGCAAAACUGUAACAAACGGAAUGGACAAUUCAAAAACAUCAAUAGACUAUUUAGACGUUAGCAUUUUCCCAGAUGCCCAAACAGAUAAAACGUUAAGCGGUAUUUCAACUAAAUCAAUACAGUCGACUACUGUAUCUACUGAUCAAGACGCCGAUUCCUUUGACACUCCGAACAUGGUCUCUGGAAACAAGUUGGAUGUAGAUAAAACAGUCUUCGGCGGAAUAGACAUUAAAUCAAAAACAACUGGUACUUCUGAUGAAAGCACAUCAACAGAUCUUCAAACUGAAAACACUGUACAAAGCAGUACUUAUAAAUCAACGUCAACAAAAAUAUCAAUGGAUCACAGUUCCGAUGAUAAUCAUAUUCCUGACAUAUUAUCUGAAACAAAUGUUGAUAGCAGCAAAACUGUAACAAACGGAAUGGACAAUUCAAAAACAUCAAUAGACUAUUUAGACGUUAGCAUUUUCCCAGAUGCCCAAACAGAUAAAACUUUAAGCGGUAUUUCAACUAAAUCAAUACAGUCGACUACUGUAUCUACUGAUCAAGACGCCGAUUCCUUUGACACUCCGAACAUGGUCUCUGGAAACAAGUUGGAUGUAGAUAAAACAGUCUUCGGCGGAAUAGACAUUAAAUCAAAAACAACUGGUACUUCUGAUGAAAGCACAUCAACAGAUCUUCAAACUGAAAACACUGUACAAAGCAGUACUUAUAAAUCAACGUCAACAAAAAUAUCAAUGGAUCACAGUUCCGAUGAUAAUCAUAUUCCUGACAUAUUAUCUGAAACAAAUGUUGAUAGCAGCAAAACUGUAACAAACGGAAUGGACAAUUCAAAAACACCAAUAGACUAUUUAGACGUUAGUAUUUUCCCAGAUGCCCAAACAGAUAAAACUUUAAGCGGUAUUUCAACUAAAUCAAUACAGUCGACUACUGUAUCUACUGAUCAAGACGCCGAUUCCUUUGACACUCCGAACAUGGUCUCUGGAAACAAGUUGGAUGUAGAUAAAACAGUCUUCGGCGGAAUAGACAUUAAAUCAAAAACAACUGGUACUUCUGAUGAAAGCACAUCAACAGAUCUUCAAACUGAAAACACUGUACAAAGCAGUACUUAUAAAUCAACGUCAACAAAAAUAUCAAUGGAUCACAGUUCCGAUGAUAAUCAUAUUCCUGACAUAUUAUCUGAAACAAAUGUUGAUAGCAGCAAAACUGUAACAAACGGAAUGGACAAUUCAAAAACACCAAUAGACUAUUUAGACGUUAGCAUUUUCCCAGAUGCCCAAACAGAUAAAACGUUAAGCGGUAUUUCAACUAAAUCAAUACAGUCGACUACUGUAUCUACUGAUCAAGACGCCGAUUCCUUUGACACUCCGAACAUGGUCUCUGGAAACAAGUUGGAUAUAGAUAAAACAGUCUUCGGCGGAAUAGACAUUAAAUCAAAAACAACUGGUACUUCUGAUGAAAGCACAUCAACAGAUCUUCAAACCGAAAACACUGUACAAAGCAGUACUUAUAAAUCAACGUCAACAAAAAUAUCAAUGGAUCACAGUUCCGAUGAUAAUCAUAUUCCUGACAUAUUAUCUGAAACAAAUGUUGAUAGCAGCAAAACUGUAACAAACGGAAUGGACAAUUCAAAAAAAUUAAUAGACUAUUUAGACGUUAGCAUUUUCCCAGAUGCCCAAACAGAUAAAACUUUAAGCGGUAUUUCAACUAAAUCAAUACAGUCGACUACUGUAUCUACUGAUCAAGACGCCGAUUCCUUUGACACUCCGAACAUGGUCUCUGGAAACAAGUUGGAUGUAGAUAAAACAGUCUUCGGCGGAAUAGACAUUAAAUCAAAAACAACUGGUACUUCUGAUGAAAGCACAUCAACAGAUCUUCAAACUGAAAACACUGUACAAAGCAGUACUUAUAAAUCAACGUCAACAAAAAUAUCAAUGGAUCACAGUUCCGAUGAUAAUCAUAUUCCUGACAUAUUAUCUGAAACAAAUGUUGAUAGCAGCAAAACUGUAACAAACGGAAUGGACAAUUCAAAAACACCAAUAGACUAUUUAGACGUUAGCAUUUUCCCAGAUGCCCAAACAGAUAAAACGUUAAGCGGUAUUUCAACUAAAUCAAUACAGUCGACUACUGUAUCUACUGAUCAAGACGCCGAUUCCUUUGACACUCCGAACAUGGUCUCUGGAAACAAGUUGGAUGUAGAUAAAACAGUCUUCGGCGGAAUAGACAUUAAAUCAAAAACAACUGGUACUUCUGAUGAAAGCACAUCAACAGAUCUUCAAACUGAAAACACUGUACAAAGCAGUACUUAUAAAUCAACGUCAACAAAAAUAUCAAUGGAUCACAGUUCCGAUGAUAAUCAUAUUCCUGACAUAUUAUCUGAAACAAAUGUUGAUAGCAGCAAAACUGUAACAAACGGAAUGGACAAUUCAAAAACACCAAUAGACUAUUUAGACGUUAGCAUUUUCCCAGAUGCCCAAACAGAUAAAACGUUAAGCGGUAUUUCAACUAAAUCAAUACAGUCGACUACUGUAUCUACUGAUCAAGACGCCGAUUCCUUUGACACUCCGAACAUGGUCUCUGGAAACAAGUUGGAUGUAGAUAAAACAGUCUUCGGCGGAAUAGACAUUAAAUCAAAAACAACUGGUACUUCUGAUGAAAGCACAUCAACAGAUCUUCAAACUGAUUUUUACAUUGCGGACAAUAACAAUUGA